ACGGACCGCUCCCUGUCCGCCCGCGUCCCCGAGGACUUUUCCCCGGCCUCCCCGCGCCCCGCCGCCCGCCCCAGCCAUGAAGCCGCUCUGCGGGGCUGCGCUUUUCCUGCUGCUUCUGUUCUGCACCGCCGCCUGUGCCCAGCAGAGCUCGUGCAUCUGCGAGAAGAACAAGCGUGUCAGCAACUGCAGGAUAGACAAUGGGAAGUGUUUGUGCGACGCCGUCGGCUCCGGCAUCACCGUGUACUGCGACACCCUGACUCCAAAAUGCCUGUUGAUGAAAGCAGAAGCGAUGGGCUCAAAAUCAGGGCGUCGUGAGAAACCAAAAGAUGCGUUUGAAGAUACUGAUGGCCUUUAUGAUCCUGAGUGUGAAAACAGUGGUGCUUUCAAGGCGAAGCAGUGCAAUGGAACCACCUGUUGGUGUGUGAAUACAGCUGGUGUUAGAAGAACUGACAAACAUGAUGCAGACUUGAAAUGCAAUCAAUUAGUCAGAACGAUAUGGAUCAUCAUUGAAAUGAAACAUGCAGAGAGAAACGCUCCUCUGAACGCCGAAUCUUUAAAGAAGUUCUUCAUGGAUACAAUUACCAGUCGUUAUUUGCUGGAUGGACGCUAUAUAACUAAUGUUGUGUAUGAAAACCCGUACAUUACUAUUGAUCUGAAGCAAAAUUCCUCAGACAAAUAUUCUGGAGGUGUGGAUAUAGCUGAUGUGGCCUACUACUUUGAAAAAGAUGUGAAAGGUGACUCCAUCUUUCAUAAUAACAGACUAAAUGUCAGCUUUGAUAACGAAGCCCUGAAGCUUGAGAAGACAGUGGUCUUAUACGUUGAUGAAAUAGCACCAGAGUUUUCCAUGAAGUCUCUGACUCCUGGCGUGAUUGCUGUCAUUGUUGUAAUAGUGAUAGCAAUAGUUGCUGCAAUUGUUGUUCUGGUCCUCACAAGGAGAAGGAAAGGGAAGUACGUGAAGGCUGAGGUGAAGGAAAUGAAUGAAAUGCACAGAGGACUGAAUGCGUAAUGAAAACAACUGAAGACAAGUAAGAUUCAAACAAGACAACAAACAUCAUUGAAGGCAUGGAUCUUAACUCUUAAAAGUUUCCUCAUGAAAGGGAGGCAGUUGUGCUCACUUAGUGAUUGGUAAAACAGCCAAGAUUGGUAACCAAGCUUUUACUAUUUGUUGAGGGUUAAAUCUUAAAUGCCCCGUCUUACUCAAGUCAAACUUAACUAUUGCUCCCUGAUUUUACUUUUUCUUAUGAUGAUAAAAUGAGUUGUCAACUGCUGUUACUAGGGUUUUGGAGCAUACAUGCUUAAAUGGUUAUUUUACCCUUGUGGGAGUUUUGUUAAAAAUGAUUGUGUAGCCAUGUUGUAAUGAGACUGUCUCCUGUAUAACUAAACAUGAUGUUUUUAUGGCAGUUUGUACAUAUUUGAAGUUGCUGUAACUUUUUUAUGACUUGAAUUAAUAAAACUUGGAAACAGGCUUCUAUUUUUUCCAUGUUGAAAUGAUGAUCUGCUAAGUUAUCAUGCUUACGAAUUUGUAGUUUAAUAUUUCCUUAAAGGAAGCAACCUCAGCAUAGGUGAAAAUAUGCUAGAACUCCAGUUAGCAGUUUGUAUUAGCCAUCUAAUAUCUAAAUAGCAUGAUAGUUUUUCUGGAAACUGUGAAAAGCUUUCAACAGGAGUGAAAUGAAAUACGGAUUGUUGUAUAAAAAAUCAAGAUGCUGAGAAUGUAGUAAUUUCAGGAAUGCAUAGACUACUCUUCCAAAUGCUAUGUUAGUAUUUAAAAUAAGCCUCUAAUCUAGAACAUCUCUGGUGUACGGUUGGGGGUGGGCAGGUUUGGCAUCUGAUGGUGGAGCUGGGGAAGAGCAAUUUACACUAUUACUGUGCUUUGCUAAACUGUCCAUUGCAAAGCUGUUGCACAACAAGAAGCUGUUUCUGCUUUUGUUACUGUUCACUGUCCUGGAGGCAGACCAGACUUACACAGGCUGUCUGCCUCCCAGACCCUUGGACAAGAGAGCUUGCUUUGGCUGUCAGUAAUCUGUGUCACAUAUGUUGGCUAGAAAUCCAUCCAGCAUAUCUGAUUUAUAAAGGAAAUGCUGUAACUCCUGUUGCCAAAGAAAUAAUGAGAUGCAAGAUAAGGAACUGAAUGACAAACCUUGUUACUAAUGUGGUGUUUGUUUUGACCCCCCACUGCCUAAAACAGGAAAAGUAGGAUAAACUACUGAGAGGAUAUUUUAUGUACUGUUCAUAAAAUUAAAUGUGAAGCAUACCCUAUCCGUGUGCCUGGCAGAUACCACAGGGAAGUCGCUGAACUGUGUUGAUGUACCUCUGUCAUAGCUCACCAGGAUGCCUUCUGCCUUUCAACAAGGUGGUACCAGACACGCUUGCGUUGCUGUGUUGGAUAUUGUACAAAAGUCCUGCAGUAGGGGAUUUACUGGAGUGUUUUGCAGCCUGUUCCAGCAGCUUUGUCAGUGGUAACUUCUGUAGGGCAGGCUCUCCCCUUGCUGAUAUAUGCCACUCCCUUUCUGCCCGGGUAUUUGGGCAGUCUGCUGAGGCAUGAGUUUUGUACAAUUCUGUAAGCUGUUAAAUAAA